AUGCGCGUCGACGCCCUUGCCCUCCCCCUUCUCCUCCUCUCCCCCUUCGCCGCCGCCGGGUCGUCCAACCAUAAAUCCAACAACAGGCGCGCACACAAGCGUCUCGCAAAGACCAGUCCGGAGCAAGAGCGGGACCUGGAGAUUAGGGAUGCCAACCAGCACAAUGCGACGUUGGCAAAGAGGCAGUCGUUCAACGGCCGAGGGACAUUCUACUAUACCGGUCUUGGCGCGUGCGGCCAAUACUCAAAGGACUCGGACUAUAUGGUCGCCCUCAACUCGGCUCAAUACGGCGGUGGAUACCCCGGCCCACAAUGCUUCAAAAUGAUCACUGUCCAAGCCAACGGCGUCACCGUCGGCGGCGUGCAAAUCAUGGACGAGUGCCCCACGUGCGACUUUGGCGGGCUGGACCUGUCCCCCGGUCUGUUCAAGCGGUUCGCGGAUGAAGGUGCGGGUGUGAUUCAAGUGACUUGGUGGUUCGACGGACAAGCUCCCGCCCCUGCACCCAGCACCACAACGACCUCUCACUGGGUCGCGCCUACCUCCACCUGGACACCCCCCACUUCGACCUGGCAAGCACCGACAUCGACCUGGUCGCCUCCUCCCGCACCUACCACAACAUGGACACCCCCCUCCUCCUCCGCAUGGGUCGCACCCAGCAGCUCAUCCGCCACCACCCCUCCCCCUUCCUCUUCAUCCUCAUCUUCGUACGCCUCAUCGUCGUCCUCCGCCAGCGUCAACGGGACCGUCAACCCCUUCGCGGUCGUAUCGUCAUACAACGGCACGUCGUCCUCGACGUCAGUGUCGGCGUCGGCGGCGAGCGCGAGCGCGUCGGUUUCGGGUGCAGCCGGGGGAGCAGGCGGAGGUGGAGCUCAGCAGGCGGUACAGGGAAACAAUUUGAUGGCUAUCAAUGGGCUGGUGGCGAACUAUGGGCAGUUGAUUGUGGUGGGUGCCCAGGGGGCAUAA